UCCCUUUGUUCAAGGUCAGUCACGAUGUGGAGGCUUCUCCUCGCCGUCGCUCUGCUCUGUCCAGACUCUGAAGGACUCCUCUCCUGUAAAAACGAGGCGGGUGCAGCAGUGGACUGGUACAUUCUGUACAAGAGGCCAAACAGCUAUGACUUUUAUUACAUUGAUCCAAGCAUGAACAAUGGCUUUGAAAGUGGCUCCAAGCCCAUCAACCACCAAUCUGGUGUCCUAGCGAACACCCUGGACCCAAUCUUUGCUCCGACACCAACGUGUGGAUACGCAGGUUAUAACGAUCAACCACCAGUCGGCUACGCAAGGACAGGAUGUGGUCACAGCAAAGGGAUCGUGAUGGUAGAUGACGAUAACGUGGUCUGGCUCCUGCACAGCACACCCAGAUUCCCCUUCUCAAAGCACAGCAAUAACUUCUUUCCUACGACGGGAAUGGCAAAAGCUCAGACAUUCAUCUGUGUAACGUUCCCCAAUGGAGAGUUAAAAAAAAUAGAACAACACCUUCGGCUGAUCAGUGCUAAUAUUUUUGAAUAUGCAAACGAAGACAAGUUUUCUGUGGACAUCGUGAAUUUUUAUAACGUUUGGAUCCCGGAAGACGAGCUCAACCAAAAAACACAACUGUACCAGGACUUGAAGUCAGACGGGAACCAACUGUUUAAAGGUUUUUUCAAGAAGAUCUCGUCUGGUGCAGCAGAUGGGGAUCUUUACGUCGCCAUCGCAAACGCAGUCAACAGUAACGUGUUCGCGCAGACGUGGGGCUGCCAACGGGGCCGGUGUGGUUCCUACUGUCCACUCACUGGACCCAAGGUGUUCAACAGUGAAUCCAUCACGUUCUCCUCAACCGUGGAGUGGAAGUGUGGCUCAGAUCACUCCAAGUGGUGCGUGUCUGAGAACGACUGGGUCUGCGUUGGCGAUUCCAACAGAUCAGAGACACAGUUCAAGCGGCCUGGAGGAGCUUUGUGCCUCCAACACAGCGUCACCAAAGCAGCCUUCAGGAGUGUGAUAUCUGGCUUUGAGGACUGUUGAAGCCAGGCAAAGAGAAGGAAGCUCUCAGGUUGAGAGCAAAUAAUAAAAGCUGCCACUGUUUAGCAGCAGAAAACCGUGAAACAUGACUGUAGAUGCAGUACAGGCAUUUAGUCACCAAUGAGUAACAAAACUACUGUAUGUGAUGAUGCAUAAGAAAUAAAAUCAUGACUGAUGUGUCAGAUCUGAGCUGAAUGAGAAA